CUCCACCCCCUCCCUCCUCUCUCUCUCUCCUCUCUCUUUCUCUCUCUUCUCCGAGGCGGUGCGAAAACGAAGAGAUAUUAUCGUUGUCAUUGUUGCUCGCGAUAGAGCUCUCCUCCUCCUCCGGAGCCCAGCAAAUGCGCCGCUCCACGAAUUUGAAGCGGUUUACUUCUAAGGAAUGAUGCUAUAGAGAGUAGGGAAGUAGCGAAUUAGUUGUGAGAUUGCUCGAUCGCAGCAUGGCGCAGAGUAAUUGGGAAGCGGAUAAGAUGCUCGAUGUGUAUAUUUAUGACUAUUUAGUGAAGAGGAAUCUACAGAACACUGCGAAGGCCUUCAUGACUGAAGGAAAGGUUGCUGCUGAUCCAGUAGCAAUUGAUGCUCCUGGAGGCUUCCUCUUUGAAUGGUGGUCUGUUUUUUGGGACAUUUUUAUUGCAAGGACAAAUGAAAAGCACUCCGAGGUUGCGGCAGCGUACAUUGAGACACAACAGAUGAAAGCGAGAGAGCAGCAACAGCAGUUACAAAUUCAACAACUGCAGCUUAUACAGCAACGACAUGCUCAACUACAGAGAAAUAAUGCUAAUCAUCCUUCUCUUGGUGGUUCUAUAAAUGCUAUAAACACUGAUGGGAUUUUGGGGCCAUCAACUGCCAGUGUUUUGGCUGCCAAGAUGUACGAAGAGCGGUUGAAGAACCCACACACAAUGGAUUCUGAGGCAUCGCCGCAGCUUCUCGAUGCAAGUAGGAUGGCUCUUCUCAAGUCGGCAGCAACUAAUCAUGCAGGACAGUUAGUCCAAGGUAAUCUCGGCAAUGUGUCCACAACUUUGCAACAACUACAGGCGCGAAACCAGCAGACAGCUCAGGAUAUGAAGACUGAGCCUAACCUGGCUGUAGAUCAAAGGUCUAUGCCCAUGGACCCGUCAUCGAUAUAUGGGCAAGGGAUUAUUCAGUCAAAAUCUGGAUUAGCUGGUGUGGGAUUGAACCAAGGUGUCAGCGGCCUUCCUUUGAAGGGCUGGCCACUAACUGGGAUUGAUCAGUUACGUCCAAAUUUUAGUCCACAAAUGCAAAAGCCAUUUGUAUCAACACAGCCACAGUUUCAACUUAUGUCAACUCAACAGCAACAACAGCUCCUAGCACAGGCCCAAGCACAAGGAAACCUUGGAAGAUCACCCAAUUAUGGCGAUGUGGAUCCUCGAAGAUUUAGAGCUUUACCAAGGGGUCCCACAAAUGGUAAAGAAGGUCAACCUACUGGAACUGAUGGAUCGAUAGGUUCUCCAAUGCAGUCAAGCUCUCCAAAGGUCAGACCAGAGCAAGCUGAAUAUCUCAUGAAGCUGAAGGUCGCCCAGAUGCAGCAGUCCUCUUCUCAGCAACCCCAGGAACAGAUCCAGCAGCAGCAGCAGCAGCAACAAAUACAACAGAAUAAUAGAAAAAGAAAACAGCCUUCAUCAUCAGGAGCUGCAAACAGUACUGGCACAGGAAACACUGUGGGUCCCACCAGCUCUCCUCCAUCAACUCCGUCUACCCAUACAACCGGUGAAGGAGUGGCAGCAGCUGCAAAUAUGCGUCAUGUCAAUAGCAUGCCGAAGAGUUUAAUGAUAUAUGGUGCAGAUGGAACUGGACUUGCUUCUUCUUCCAAUCAAAUGGAUGAUUUGGAGCAUUUCGGGGAUGUUGGUUCUUUGGAUGAUAAUGUAGAAUCAUUCUUAUCCCAUGACGAUGAUGCCAGAGACAUUUUUGCUGCAUUGAAAAGAAGCCCUGCUGAGCACAAUCCAGGGCCGUCAAAGGGUUUUACCUUCAGUGAGGUUGGCUCUAACCGUACAAGCAAUAACAAAGUUCUAUGCUGCCACUUUUCUUCAGAUGGAAAGUUAUUGGCCUUUGCGGGGCAUGAAAAGAAGGCUGUUCUUUGGAACAUGGAUACUUUUGAAACAGAGAGCACUCCUGUAGAACAUGCUGAUAUAGUAACAGAUGUCCGUUUCAGGCCAAACUCAACACAACUGGCAUCAUCCUCUUUUGACAAAACUGUAAAACUGUGGAAUGCAGCAGAGCCUGGCUACUGUUUGCACUCCUUUACAGGGCAUAGUGGGCAAAUUACAUCACUAGAUUUUCAUCCAAAGAAGACCGAUCUCUUCUGCUCUUGUGACUGCAAUGGUGAAAUUCGAUUGUGGAGUACAAGCCAUUUCUCAUGUUCACGUGUUUCAAAGGGUGGUACAGUUCAAGUUAGGUUUCAACCUAAUAUUGGCCAGUUUCUUGCCGCUGCUGCAGAAAAUGUGGUGUCUAUCUUUGAUAUUGAACCAGACAGGAAAAGAUAUACAUUACAGGGCCAUGCCAUGGAAGUGCACUCUAUUUGCUGGGAUAACAGUGGGGAGUACCUGGCAUCUGUUAGCCAGGAUUUAGUUAAAGUCUGGUCGAUAUCGACAGGAGAAUGCAUUCACAAUCUAAACUCCAAUGGGAACAAGUUCCAUUCAUGUGUUUUUCAUCCAAACUAUACCAAUCUCUUAGUCAUUGGGGGACAUCAGUCUCUAGAGCUAUGGAACAUGGUUGAAAACCAAAGCAUGACGGUCCAGGCUCACGAAGGUCUAAUUGCAGCAUUAGCACAAUCACCGGCAACGGGAAUGGUGGCCUCUGCAAGCCACGACAAGUCUGUCAAGGUAUGGAAGUAAUCAGUAAAGCUCGAAGGGAGGAAAUUAAGGAAGAAUCAACAUACUCUUUUUUUGUCUUCUAUAUCUAAGUUUGUGGGUUCUCACUAGCUGUAAAAGUAGUUAUGGCUGUUGAUUACAACGAGUGCAUUUGUUGCUGUUGUAUUAUUAUCGUCCUUAGUUUGGAACUAUCUUCGGGUGGUAGUGAAUGUGUAAGAGCUAAAUUGCUUGGCUUUGUAGAAAUGCUGUUUUAAGUUGGGUGAUAAGGGGUGUUAAAUGGAACAGUUUAAGUUGAAGAAAAUAGUGAUUAACCUGUUUAAAUGACAGAAUUAAUGAUCAAAUUGUAAUUUGCCAGAGUUCAACAUC